GUCCGCUCCUCCUCGCCUCCCUAAGCGCUCCCGCUGCGCCCUGCGCCCGCCGUCCCACCAAGUCCGGGCGCUGCCCACCCGAGGGAGCUCGCGCCCCGCGCCCCGCGUCCCGGGCCCACCCCGUGAGCCGGGCACCUGCGCCAGCAGCCCCACUGGAUCGACUGAGAAGUGACUGGCAGAGCAACACCAUGAGCAUCUCUGCGCUGGGCGGCAGCCCCAAAGGAAAGCCUCUGCCGCCAGGAGAGGAGGAACGCAAUAAUGUCCUCAAGCAGAUGAAAGUCCGAACCACCCUGAAGGGUGACAAGAGCUGGAUCACCAAGCAGGAUGAGUCCGAGGGCCACACCAUCGAGCUGCCCUCAGGCCGGAGUCGCGCCACGUCCUUUUCAUCACCUGGGGAAGUCUCAAAGGCCAGGUCUCCAAGUGCAAGGGCAUCCACUGGCUAUAUCAUCCGGGGAGUGUUCACCAAGCCCAUAGACAGCUCGUGCCAACCCCAGCGGCACUUCCCCAGGACCAAUGGGGCUCCAAAAAGUGCUGCUGGUCUGACGAAAGCAGCUCACACCGGCCCACCCCGCUCCUCCAUCUCUGGCUAUAAGAUGACCACGGAGGAUUACAAGAAGCUGGCUCCCUACAACGUGAGGCGCAGCUCCGUAUCAGGGACUGUGGAAGAGUUGGAGGUGCCCUUCUCUUUGGAUGAGCAGAAAAGGAGGUCAGAGGCUGCAAGCAGUGUGCUGAGGAAGACGGCCCCACGGGAGCAUUCCUACGUCCUGUCGGCAGCCAAGAAGAGCCCUGUUCCCACCCAGGAGACACAGGCUCCAUUUAUUGCGAAGAGGAUUGAGGUGGUGGAUGAGGAUGGAGCUUCGGAGAGGAGCCACGAGCCACCUGCCCCAGCACUGUCUACUCCUGGCUUGAGCAGGUCUCCAGGCCACCAAGAUAAGGAGGGCCCCUGCUCCAGAGAGCCCAAAAGAAGCUCCAUUGGUGAGGAGACCUUUGAGGGCCCCAGUACAGAUUCUGAAAGGUCAAAUCUGCAGCUGAGUGAUAGCCCCGUGGAAUCUGGAGUCACAGAGUCUCCACCUGAAGGCUUGGCUGGAGCAGAUACUGGCUCCAAGAGGGGAGGGCGGGGCCCAACUGCUAGCUUCACCCCUUUGCUGGAUGACCAUGAUGUGCACGGUGCCGGCUCUCACUCCUGCAAGCCUGAGCCACUGGCUAUCAGCACUACUUCAGCGCCUGCUGUCCUGGCUGGCAGGAAGAGUGAUGUUGCAGCAGCCCUGGAAGACACCAAGGGUGCUCUGGCCGUGGACAAGGAGGAGCAUGUGGCUGGCCAGGCCUGGCUGGAGAGGCCGGGAGCCCCAGGAUGUGGCGAGGGAGAGCAGUGCCACAGCAGAGCUGCAGGCAGUCCUGAGGAGCACAGCGAGCUGGGAGGCGGACGCAGUGACUGUGGCAGCAGCUAUGAACUGAAUUUAGUGUGUGUGGUUUGUUCGUCUGUUUCUAUUGGUUGGUGCCUGCUGAGAAGGGCAGGACGUGCCACAGCUGACGCCACCUACCUGCCCACCCGCUCGGCCCCGCUCCUGCUCCACUUCCCUGUACUACCGCACACGGCUCUCCCACCUCCUCCUUGCUUCCUCUUUCAGUGUGGCAUCUGCAGGAAGCCAAUGGGCGACCUCCUGGAUCAGAUCUACCUGCAUCGAGACACCAUCCACUGUGGGAAGUGCUAUGAGAAGCUCUUCUAGCUCCAGGGCACCGAGAAGCUAAGGGGUCCUGGAUGAGACUGACUGCCCAGGUGGCUGGACGCUGUUCCCUGCCUUCCUCCCUCGGAUACCUUCAUCCUCUUGGCCUUCUUAGGUUGCGCUUGCCUGCCUCCAGCAUCCCGUCUACGCAGUGCCACGGGGAUUCCUUCCGUGUAGCUUUCAGUGCCUGGAAGGCGCUUUGUGUUCAAAGGCUUCACUCAGGCUAGGGCAGAGGACUGAGCAAGAAUGGCGUCCUGGCUUCCCCAAGUCACACUGGCUUUCCAGGGAGUGCAGGUGGCAGAGCUGCAGACUGUUGACGAGCCCUGCUGGGUAAAUUACAGGCAUUAGAUGCUGAGGGUUAGCUUAGGCCAGUCCUCAGCUCAUCUAAUGUCAGUACGUGUUCUUCAUUUUCCAUACCAUUUGUAGAGUAGUUAGAAGCCUGUGAUGGAAUGCUGCACACCACUUCCCUAACCUUCCCCUUCAUGCCUCUCAUGGGAGUGGAACUUGCCUCGCAGGUGCAUGGGAAUGCAAUAGAAGGGUUAUGCAGCUAGGCCUAAAUUCCUUAGCGUUGGGUUCACAAAGCUACUGACCAAAGGGCCGUUGAGUGGGGACAGCUGAUUGAUACCAUUGCCCUCAGUUCCUGCUCCUUGAGCUUCCCACCCACAUCCUCUCAAGUGGCCUGUAGGGACAGUGGACCCUGGAGGGAAUGGCACGAGCCACAAGCAGCUGACAAACAUUUCUUGCUGCCUUGCUACCUGUCAGGAACUAUGAUAGAGAGAAGUUCUCAGUCCCCAGAGAUGGCGUCCUUUCCCCAUGUCACAGAUGGGGCAUGGGAGGCACAGAGCGGUGCACGGUGUGUCUGAAGAGCCUCGAGUGGCACCACCGCUGUCCCUCCCCUGGAGCCCACGCUCUGUCCAGGAGCCAAGAGUUAUGUAUAUGUGGGUGCCCACAGCUUUGGAGGAGGUAAUCCCCCAGGGAGACCUGCCCUCGGGGCAGAUGCGAACUCCCAUUCCUGGCAUCCCAUGUCCCCUGAAAUCCCCUGCCUCCAAGCACUGUCAGCCAAAGGUGUGAGCCUUCCUCCCCUCCCCUCUCUGUGACAUGUGCCCCAGAACUGAUGCUCCUGGCUGGCAGCAGAGCAGCCUCUCAUGCGGUCCACACAGGGGUCUGUCAGCCCAGAGGGCGUGCUCUUGGGCUAGGAGCCCCAGCAAGCAGCAGUCGGUGACCUCCACUUCCUCAGUUCAGUCCACCUCCAGCUGGGGCACCUACCGGGUGACCAGGCACUCACGUUGGGGCGAUCUCCUGGGGUGUGGCCGGUGCGGGCCCACUUUGCUCAGGCCGUGUUCAGCUUCACCUGCAGGCCCUGCAGGCCGCUGCAGCCUUUGCCCCCGGAUCUGGCUAAUGAACCUCUCAAGAGGGAGAAUCAACCACCUUAGAGUUGCUCGCAUGCAGGCCCAGGGCCUGUCUCUUGAGGUCUCUAAGCUGUCUCUCCAAGAGUCUCCUUUGCAGCCCUGUGUGCCCUGGUGGCGGACUUCUUUGUUCUUCCCGCCACGUGAGUGCAGGGGACGUUCUGUGAAUCUGCAGAGCUGCGCUGCAGGGUUGCUCUGCCAGGAAGCAGGGGGCAGGGUGCCCUGUAAGCACACUGCAUGCGGUAGACUUCCUCAGGGUGGCUCCUGGUGUUGGACUUGGCCCAGCGUGGGCACUCCCACACAGACGCCACGUGGAUGACUACAAGAGACAGAAGUCACUCGGCUGGGGAGAGCUGCCACCUCGGAGUGUCAGCAGGGGCCCGGUGAUGCAUGGCAAGGCGAAGAGCCCCAAGAGAGACAGGUGCCCCCCUUACAGGGACACACUGCCGUGCAGGGCGGCUCAGAGCCGACAGACAGGACUGGGAGGCAAGGCGUGCGAGAUCCGUGUGGAUUCAUCUGAAACGGCCCCUCGUGUCUCUUUCAAUCGAGCAUUCUGCAGCCUCAAGGGGGAGGGGUGGCUGCGUCGCCUUCCGGCUCCUUUGCAGCUGCUGAGUGUGUCUACUCGCACUCGCUCACGCCACAGCAGUGUACACAGUUUGCAUAA